AAGAAAAAGCAAUAUUGGUCACUUCUUUAUCACAAGAAAUAAAUAUAGAUGAAACUUCAAAAGACAAAUCUAUAGAAGAUCAAAAGAAAGCCUUGAUAGCUAAUAAAAAUAAUAAUCUGACUAAUGAAUUAGAAGAAACAGAGCUUACAGCUUCAACUUCUGUAUAUACAAAUAUAGAGAAAACUCUAGAAAUUCAAAAGACAAUUGCUAUAGAAAACACUAACCAAGAACUAGUACAAGACAAAGCUUUAUCUAUGAUUAUUAUUAAUAAUAAUAAUCACAAGCUUCAAAAAAUUAAUUAUACUGAAGGAGAAUAUAUA